GACCUGAGAAGCAGAAGACCGAAGAGGCGAAAGAGAUUUAGUCUCGCUGACCAUCCGGCGGGAGCAAAGCAAAGGCCGCCUCCCCGGGCUGGUGCAUCAGACACAAUCUGGCUUAGAGCAGCGGAAUCAACACUGUCGCUCUGAUGGGGAAAAAAGCUUUAGUCAUCACGUGCACCAGCGAGACCCCGGGCUAUGGGCGAACCCCUGGCUGGGGAGCAGAGAGCGGCCAACCCGGUCUGCGGCCAGACACCCCCGGGCCCUCUUCCAGGGGGAGCGACAGUCUGCGGGAGAACGGGGGGUGGCGGCCAGCGAGAGAGCAGCCUGGAGCAGCAGAGGCAGCCGCUAGCGAAGGACUCCCCCGGCAGCUGGGCGCGGCCGAGGUGCAGCCGGAUCCCCGCGGCCCCUCCAGCGGGGACACCCCUUCAAUACAGGCCGAGUGCAGCAGUAGGGGCUGCGAGGCACUGCUGGAGCUGGACAGGGGACAGGCACAAGCGCGGACGGCCGCGGAUGGCACUGGAUUGUACGCGCCCCCCCACCCCGCACAAACCACUCACCGCUACCCUCAGCGAAGGGAACGAAAAAGGGAGCGCCUAUCCGCGAGCACCCCCUUAUAUAGCGGACUGUGCCUGACUGCGCAUGCUCCACGCACGUGUACCUGGGAAAUGUAGUCCCCGAGGGGCUGUCUGUGUCGGGCCAUGCUCGUUUCAGCACGCCAGGGCUCCCCGCUCUGGGCGCUCUCUAAUCGGGCUCCCUCCCCGCUGGCCAGUCAGACACAGAAAGGCUGAGCGGUUGUGCAACCCACGACCGCCUGCCCACGGUUUGUAGGAGGAGGAGAUGGGCCUGGAGUUAAAGGGUCUGGUUUGGCCCUUCUCUAAGGCAGCCACGCACCAGGACGGGUCUGGGUUGAUAAAGCCCCAUCAAGCAGGUCCUGUGCCCAGGUGGGCCUGAGACCACCGGGCGGGAGUCUGGGCAAAGACAGCAAAGAGAAAGUGUAACGGGUCCUGGAAAGCAGCGUGCCUGUUUCAUUCCAGGCCAGUGCUUUGCACUAAUGGCAGUUUUUGCGUCAAAAGCAGGCAGGACUCUGACAUUUAGCACAUCAGUGCCGUGGUUUCAGGGCAGCAACUGUGGCACUCAAGAGUUCAAGCUUGUGCAACGUUUCAUAAAUGAAACGCUCCCCAACUGUUACACAUUCAGUAAAUCCUUGAGCUGCAAAUCUAAGGCCUGAUCCUGCUGCAAGCUGCUGAGUGCUCUCAAUUCCUGGUGAAGUCAAUGAGAAUCGAGGGCAGUUAGCACCUUGCAGGAUCAGGCUCCUAAUGCCUCCAUUGUAGUACAGAUCCCUCUCACUUAUUGGUAGCGGUGGCAGGCCUGUAUAAUCUCUUAAUCCAGCAUUUCCCUAUAUAUCCUUUCUGGACUGUGCUGACUGAGGCCUUCACUACAUUGGCGUUCCACAGACUGCUCCUAUUUUAAAAGAAAAGAAACAAUGGGUGUGCUUAUAGAUUUUCUGCUCCUCGCAGCUAAAGUUGUGGGCUAUAUAAUCCAGUCCCUUAUGCGGUGGAUAAAGAGGCCCACCGAGAAAAGAGUCACCAAUGAAAUAUGUUUAAUAACAGGUACGGCCAGUGCAAGAGGACUGGGUCGGCAUUUUGCUUUAGAACUCGCCCAAAGAGGUGCGACGCUUGUCCUGUGGGAUAUAGACACAGAUGGUAAUGAAAAGACUGUGGUACAGGUGAGGGAGCUGGGGGCCAAGGCUUAUGCUUACACCUGUGACGUGAGCCAGCGAGAGGACGUCUAUAACACUGCAGAGAGAGUGCGUCGGGAGGUGGGAGAUGUCACCGUCCUGAUAAAUAAUGCUGGGGUUGUAGCAGGGAAACCAAUCUUGCAGUGCUCAGAUGAAAUUCUGGAAAGGACCAUGAAGACUAACUGCCAUGCGCAUUUCUGGACUGUCAAGGCUUUCCUUCCAAGAAUGAUGGAGAUGGACCAUGGUCACAUUGUGACGAUAGCAGGAUCCUUGGGCCUCUUUGCAACAGCUUGUAUGGCGGAUUACUGUGCGAGCAAGUUUGCAGUAGUUGGAUUCCAUGAAGCGCUUAGCCAUCAGCUGAAAGCCAAGCGAAUCAAUGGAGUGAAGACUACCCUGGUGUGCCCCUAUCUUGUCGACACAGGCAUGUUCACUGGAUGUAGAAUCAGGCGAGAGCUGGCUGCUCUUCUCUCUCCAUUAAAACCAGAUGACUGUGUGAAGAUAGCAAUGAAAGGAAUACUGAAUAAUCAGCCCAUAAUAUGUAUCCCCAGAGUAAUGUACUUUGCAGUAGUUUUAAAACACCUCCUUCCAUGGGAUGUUCAAGUUCUUGUUCACAAGUUUUUGGGUAUUGAUAAGUGCAUGCAUCCAUUCAUUAGACAAAGGGGCGAAACGCCAUCUCGUAGCAACAGGAAGAUGAAGAUUGGUACUUGCACGGAUUUAUUAACAGCUUCUGGAACACUUUCUUAAUCUAAACUCAUCUGGGAAAACCUGGUAAAUAAACUCACUUCAAUGUAGAAACACUUAAGGUAGCAUCUUAUUUUGAUCCAUACUUUAUCUUUUGGUCUAUGUCUACAGGCUUUCAGGAGAAUUCUGACAACACCAAGCAUUUAUGUAAUAGCUACUACACACAAGGGGGAGGGCUAGAUGAAGGAUAUAAAUACAUGCAUCAGCACUUGAUGCUUGGUUCCUUCACUGCACAUAGGCACUUCUGAAAAUCCCAUCCUUUAGUCUUUAUGCAUUAGAGCAGGAAGAGACCAGGUCUUCGACUUUGCUCCACAAGCUGGAGUAGUAUUUUGUCCCGAAGUCCCAGGAGAUGGCAAGGAAAUAAGGAGACUAGAAGUCUUUCCAGGAAUUUUUUUUUUUUUAAAUUGUUUUCUAGACUUCUUGGCCACCACACUAUAAAGAGGGGGAGGGGUCAUGUAUUUUCAGACAUGCUUCCCUUAGCUCCUUUUGGAUGGGAAGUUUUAUGCUGUAUGUUCUCAGCUGGGAAUAUGAUUAAGGGGCCUGGGAAAGAAUCCCCUUGUGGAGCUGGAUGACUUUUUUUGAAUUUUAAGUUAUGAGAAACAGGAAAAGUAAAAAAAAAGAUUUCCCCCCACCUUGUUUUUCAUCAGCUGUAUCCCCUUGGUUGUGCGGAUAUUCCAUUAGAAAGCUAGGAUAAUCUUACAGGAUGGCUGCUUGAAUGCCCAUUUUAGGACUUUAUAGGAAUAUCUUAGUCUAAUUGGGACCCAGGGUCCUUGUUAGUUAAAGCUAGGUGUCUGGUAAAUACAUGCUUUGCACAUGCUUGUUUUGUGAUGUGGAUAGAUGCUGUGUCAGGGGAAGAUCCUCCCAUCUCCGAGACAGUCCCUUUCCCUGGGAACAGACUAGACAAUUCUGUUUUAGUUGCUUCCUGGACAGACUUCACAGGUGGAACAUUUGUUUAUAUGCGCCACACCCUGCUGCUGUGAGGCAGGGAGAGCUGACGGUUCCAGACAUCACUGGUCUGCUCUGAUGUUUGGAGGAAGGGACCCUAAUCUAAAGCUGCUCCCAUCCCAGUAGUUUGUAGGAUUUGUGCCUAAAGGCAAUGGCUGAAGAGGGAGUGCUUGCCUCAGCUCAAGGCAGACCACUUGGUGACAAGAGGAAGAGACAUAGCUGAGCAGAUAGGUCAUCUCAGUUCCACUGCACAGGAAGCAAACCAGUGCUGUGGAUUUGAGUGUGAAACACAGAUGCCAUUCAUAAAUGUUAGCAGACUCAAUGUGAAGCUUGCCUUAAGUGUGUGUUUUGAUUUUGAUGCUGAAAGUUGGUGUAAAUUGAACUUUCUCACCUACCUCACAGGGAUGUUGUGAGGAUUAGUGUCUGUACAGUGCUAAGAACAUGUAAAGUGCUAUAUAAAUGUCAUUACUACUAUGUGAGAGAAAGCAAAGACUGAAAAGAAAGAUCACUGUCUCAACUGCUGUUAGUGUAAUUGUUACGAGACUGAUGGAUAGAACAGGACUAGAUAUUUUAAAUGUUAGAUUUUCCUUACACUCCGUCACGAUUUGAAAGGCACACCCAGUACAAUAGAACCUCAGUUAUGAACGCCAACGUUAAGAUCUGACCAGUCAGCACACACCUCAUUUGGAACUGAAGUACACAAUCAGGCAGCUGC